CAACAACAAAAAUCCAAACUUUGUGUUUCUUUGGCUCUAGGGAACACAAACAUACACCACCAUGGUUGCUAGUUUAGCUCAAUUUUGCCAACCAAAUCAAGAAUUUGUCGAUAAUACAACUCCCCAUCUCCAAGGAGAUGACCUCUUCAGUAUCUUUGAGAGUUUGGAGAGUGUUGCCGAGUUCAGUAUGAUCGAGGACGAUAUCGAACCAACCAAAGACGGCGAGGAGACCACAAGCUUGGUUUUCUCCGAGACUGAGCUCGAGGCUUCGCCGAAAACAAAGCGAUUGAAGACGACAACGACAACGACAAUGGCAAAGGCUUCUCCCUUGGAGGAAGCAAACCCUGAUGGAACUCAAAGAAUUUCCCACAUUACGGUGGAGCGCAACCGUAGGAAGCAAAUGAACGAGCAUUUGUCUAUCUUGAGGACCCUCAUGCCUUGCUUCUAUGUCAAAAAAGGAGAUCAAGCUUCAAUAAUUGGAGGGGUGGUGGAAUACAUCAAGGAGUUGCAACAAGUUCUUCAAUCACUGGAGGCCAAGAGGCAAAGGAAAGUUUAUAGUGAAGGGUUGAGCCCUAGGGUAGUUUCAAGUCCAAGGCCUAAUUUACAAAUGAGUCCAAGAAAACCACCACUAAGUCCUCGCCUUAACUUGCCAAUUAGCCCAAGAACUCCACAACCCACUAGCCCUUACACCAAGCCUCCAAGGUUGCAACAACCUCCCACCACCGUGGCCGCCGCCACCGCAAGCAGCGGCUGCACCACCAAUAUGGCUAACAACAACAACUCAUUAGAGCCAUCCCCUUGUAAUUCAUCUUCAACCACAUAUUCCUCCAUUGACAAUGCUAACAAUGCCAACAAUGAUCUUGUGGCCAAUUCAAAAUCAGCCAUAGCUGAAGUUGAGGUGAAGUUCACAGGUCCAAAUGUGGUUUUGAAGACAGUUUCUCCUCCAAUUCCUGGGCAAGCUGUGAAGAUCAUUUCUGCACUUGAGCACCUCUCCCUUGAAAUUCUCCAUGUCAAGAUCACCACACUUGAUCAAACCAUGAUUAACUCUUUCACAAUUAAGAUUGGAAUUGAAUGCCAACUUAGUGCGGAGGAACUGGCUCACCAAAUUCAGCAAACAUUCUGCUAAUUGAAGGGUUACUUAAUUGCUUGCAUGGAGUCUCUCUCUCUCUCUCUCUCUCUCUCUCUCUCUCUACUUUCUCUCUCUACAGAA